UUCUUGAUGUCACUGCUGAAAUCUGUGAGAAAAUGAAUCUUCAAAUGUCUGAUACUUUUAUUUUAAAAAUUAUUCAAACUUAUGAAAUGAUGAUUGUUCGCCAUGGUUUCAUGUUGGUUGGAGCACCAAAUGCUGGUAAGACCUGUGUUUUGCGUGUGUUAGCCGAUACACUUUCCUUACUGAAAGAAAGAAAUUUAGGAGAUGAAGACGCUGUCAUUUACCGUACCGUCAACCCGAAAUCCAUAACUAUGGGUCAGUUGUUUGGAGAGUUCGAUCCCAUCACUCAUGAAUGGACAGAUGGUAUUGUGGCAAUAAUAUUUCGAGAAUUUGCAUUUUCUAAAAGCACAGACAGAAAAUGGGUAGUAUUUGAUGGACCAGUGGAUACAUUGUGGAUUGAAAGUAUGAACACUGUUUUAGAUGAUAACAAAAAGCUUUGCCUAAUGAGUGGGGAAAUAAUCCAGAUGUCAAAUUCUAUGAGUCUGAUUUUUGAAGUUAUGGAUCUUUCACAAGCAUCGCCUGCAACUGUUAGUCGAUGUGGAAUGAUUUACAUGGAACCAUCAGCAUUAGGUUGGGAGCCAAUAGUCACUUCAUGGUUAAAUACAUUACCUGAAACAUGGAGUUUAGAGCAAAAAGAUACUAUAUAUGCCUUAUGCAAAUGGAUCAUUCCUUCAACAUUAUAUUUUAUGCGAAAAAAUUGCAAGGAAUUGAUAAAUACAAGCGAUAAUCAUUUGGUUGAUUCUCUGCUGAAAAUGGUGGCCAUUAUUAUGAACGAAGCUUGUGCUGAUGAAGUGGCAAUGUCACAUGCGGAUAAGAAAACUAUGAAAUGUUGGAUUAUAGGCGCUUUUAUGUUUUCUACAAUUUGGUCUAUUGGAGCAACGUGUGAUGAACAGGGAAGAGAAAAGUUUAGUGAGUUUUUAAAGGAGCUAACUUUUGGAGAAAAUGCAUCGCAUCCAAUUCCUACACAAGUAGGAUUAAAAAUAGAAUGUUCUUUUCCCCGAGAAGGAUCAGUUUAUGAUUAUAAGUUUCUUACUAGAGGCAAAGGUCAGUGGUAUUCUUGGAGGGAUUCAAUUAUACCAUUAGCUUCAACAAAUAUUAAUAUUAGAGAAAUCAUUGUACCUACUGUAGAUACUGUACGUUAUUCUUAUUUGAUGGAUAUAAACAUUCGUCACAAAAGACCGUUGCUAUUUGUUGGACCUACUGGAACUGGUAAAACAGUCUAUAUCCAAGACAAAAUGAUGAAAGGACUGGACAAAGAUACUUUUAUACCAUCAUUUAUAGCUUUCUCGACUCAAACAUCAGCUGGGCAAGCUCAGGAUAUUAUUAUGUCCAAGUUAGAGAAAAGAAGAAAAGGUGUUUUUGGACCAUCAUUUGGGAAACAAUGCAUCAUUUUUAUUGAUGACUUAAACAUGCCUGCUGUCGAAAUAUUUGGAGCGCAGCCACCAAUUGAACUUCUAAGGCAAUUUUUUGAUCAUGGAUUUUGGUAUGAGAAGAAAGAAAAAAGUGAACUUCAUCUAAUUGAUACGCAGUUUAUCGCUGCUAUGGGCCCUCCUGGUGGAGCACGAAACAACAUUACUCCUCGCCUUUUGCGUCAUUUUGGAGUGAUAGGCAUAAAUCCUUUCAGUAUUGCUACACUCAAUUCAAUUUUUUCAUCUGUCCUUAAUAUUCAUUUUAAGAACAACCUUUUCCCACUAGAGGCGCAUCCUUAUGCUGGAGCUAUUGUUGCUGCAACUGCCGAUAUUUAUAAUGCAGCAAUAACAUAUCUGCUUCCAACACCAGCAAAAUCACAUUACACAUUCAAUUUAAGAGACUUCGCUAGGGUUAUUCACGGAUGUUGUUUAAUAAAAAAGGAAUCUUUGGAGAGUAAAAAGAUACUUCUGCGAUUAUGGGUUCAUGAAAUUUACCGUGUAUUUUAUGACAGAUUAAUUGAUGACAUAGAUUGUAAAUGGCUCUUUGAGCAAGUUAAAGAAUCAACAAAGUUACAGUUUAAAGAAAAUUUUGAUUCUGUCUUUGCUCAUUUAUAUUCGCCUACUGAUGGAAAGGUGUCUGAUGAAGAUAUGAGAAAACUAAUGUUCGGAACUUACAUGAAUUAUGAAGAAUUACCUGCUGAUCGAUUAUAUGAUGAAGUUAGAGAUGUUGAAGACUUUAAAAUUAUUGCUGAUAAAUGCUUGAUGGAAUACAACAGCUAUAGUAAAUCACCAAUGGAUAUGGUAAUCUUUAGGUAUGUUUUGGAACACUUGUCUCGCCUUUGCCGAGUCUUUGCUAUGCCUGGUGGGAAUGCCCUAUUAGUUGGUGUUGGAGGGAGUGGACGCCAGUCUAUUACAAAAUUAGCAUCUUUCAUUUCUGGUCAUUGGUUAUUUCAGCCAGAGAUAACAAAAAAUUAUGGCCUUAAUGAAUGGAGAGAAGAUAUCAAACGUGUAAUGAAAUCAGCUGGUGCUGAUGGUAAAGGGACAGUAUUUCUUAUAACUGAUACUCAGAUUAAAGAGGAAUGCUUCUUAGAAGAUAUUGAUAACCUACUGAAUUCAGGAGAGGUUCCAAAUCUUUUUGCUGUUGACGAAAAGCAAGAAAAAAUAGAGGCUGUGCGCGCUUUAGCCGAAAAAGAAGAAGAUGCUGAUCUAUCACCAUUAGCUUUGUUUUCAUAUUUUGUUAAAAGAUCAAGUCAAAAUAUGCACAUUAUUAUAGCCAUGAGUCCUAUUGGUAAUGCUUUCCGUUCAAGAUUACGCCAGUUUCCCUCUCUUAUCAAUUGCUGUACCAUUGAUUGGUUUCAACCUUGGCCAGAAGAUGCUUUAGAAAGAGUUGCUGAACAUUCAUUUAGAAAUAUGGAUUUAAAAGAUAAAGUGAAACUUGAUGCUGUUGCAAUUUGCAAAUACUUUCAUAACAGGGCUCAGGAGUUGAGUUCUCUUUUUGCUGCUGAACUUGGACGUUAUACAUAUAUCACACCAACAUCGUACCUGACAUUGAUAUCGUCCUUCAAAGAGCUUUUGAGCACUAAGCAAGAAGAAAUAAAAGCUGCUAUUCAACGUUAUGUUAGAGGUCUUGGCCAACUGGAAUUUUUCUCCGAAACAAUAACUGGAAUGCAAAAGGAUAUCGAAGAGCUUCAGCCAAAAUUAGUUGUUGCACAGAAAGAAGCUGAAGAAUUUAUAGAGAAAAUUAAAAAAGAGUCUGCCGAUGUUGAAAAAGUCAAAGCCUUUGUAAAUAAAGAUGAAGAAUAUGCUAGUGCCCAAGCUCAAGAAUCAUCUGCUCUUAAAGAAGAAUGUGAAGCAGAUUUAGCUGAAGCUUUGCCAGCUCUUGAGGCUGCACUGGCAGCAUUAGACACUUUAAAGCCUGCUGACAUCACUGUUGUGAAAUCGAUGAAAAAUCCUCCAAAUGCUGUAAAAGUUGUCCUUGCUGCUGUAUGUAUAAUGAAAAAUAUUAAACCAGAUAGAGUUACUGAUCCAGCUACAGGUAGAAAAGUGAAUGAUUACUGGGGACCUUCAAAGAAACUGCUUGGCGACAUGGGUUUCCUUGCAUCUCUUAAAGAGUAUGAUAAAGACAAUAUUGAUCCAUUGAUAAUGGAAAAAAUCCGGUCGGAGUAUAUAGGCUUACCAGAAUUUGAUCCAGUGAAUGUUGCAAAAGCAUCAUCAGCUGCUGAAGGACUUUGUAGAUGGGUUCUAGCCAUGGAAAUAUAUGAUAGAACAGCGAAGGUUGUAGCACCUAAAAAGGAAAAACUCAGGGAAGCUGAGCAGCAGUUAGCAGUGAUAAUGGAUGUAUUAAAUAAGAAAAGGUCAGAGUUAGCAGCAUUAGAAGCAAAGUUAGCAGCCCUAAAGAAAGACUGUGAUGAGUCGGUGCAGAAAAAGAAAGAUUUAGAAACACAAGCAGCUUUGUGUGAAACAAAUUUGCAGAGAGCUGAAAAAUUGAUAGGUGGUCUUGGAGGGGAACGAUUGAGAUGGGCAAACGAAGCAAAAAAUCUCAAAAAGAAGUUCGAAAAUUUACCUGGCGAUGUUCUGCUAGCAUCAGGUGUAAUAGCAUACCUUGGCCCGUACACAUCUUAUUAUCGCAGUAUGUGUAUUAAUGAUUGGGUGGAAUGUUGCAGUAAUCGUCAUAUACCAUGCACUAAAAAUUUUUCACUUGGAGAAACCUUAGGUAAUCCUGUCAAAAUCCAGUUCUGGAAUCUGAAUGGUUUGCCAAGAGAUUCUUUUUCUACAGAUAAUGGUGUAAUUAUUGAAUAUGGAAAAAGAUGGCCUUUAAUGAUUGAUCCUCAAGGUCAAGCAAAUAAAUGGGUAAGAAACAUGGAAAAAGAUAAUAAUUUAGCCAUCAUCAAACUGGCCGACGCUGAUAUUUUAAGAACGUUAGAAAACUGCUUGCAGUUUGGAUGGCCAGUUUUGUUAGAAAAUGUGGGAGAAGAGCUUGAUCCAUCAUUAGAGCCUUUACUUUUGAAACAGACUUUCAAGCAAGGUACAAUCGAUAUGGUACAAUUAGGUGAUUCUGUAGUUGAAUUCAACAAAGAUUUCCGUCUUUAUAUAACUACCAAAUUGCGUAAUCCUCAUUAUUUACCAGAAAUUUCCACAAAGGUUUCUUUAAUUAAUUUCAUGAUUACUCCUGAAGGUCUUGAAGAUCAGCUGUUGGGAAUUGUUGUUGCACAGGAAAGACCUGACUUGGAAGAAGCUAGACAACAAUUAAUUGUACAAACUGCUGCGAAUAAAAAAGCUUUACAAGAACUGGAGGAUAAGAUUCUUUUUACAUUAGCCCAGUCUGAAGGCAGUAAUAUUUUAGAAAACGAAGAAGCCACUGAAGUUCUUGAUUCUUCAAAAUUUCUCGUGGAUGAUAUUAAAGCAAAACAAAAGAUUGCUGAUGAGACCACGGCAAACAUAAAUGAAUCUCGCCAGUCCUACAAAGACGUUGCACAACAUUCUUCUGUACUUUUUUUCUCAAUUACGGGUCUUCCAAAUGUAGAUCCUAUGUAUCAGUAUUCAUUAAACUGGUUUAUUAACCUUUUCUUAAAUGCUAUUAAACUGAGUGAAAAGUCAGAUGACCUGUCUGAAAGACUCAAGAAUCUGAGUGAUUAUUUUACAUAUAGUUUAUAUUGCAACAUUUGUCGAUCCCUGUUUGAGAAAGAUAAACUUCUGUUCUCUUUCAUUCUUUGUUGCAAUCUUCUAAUAUCUCAAAAGAAACUUCAGAAAAGUGAAUUCAAAUUUUUUCUAACUGGUGGUGUUGGGCUUGAAAAUACUACUCCAAAUCCAGCUUCUUCUUGGUUGCUAGAUAAAAGUUGGGAUGAACUUUGCAGGCUCUCAGAUACUAAAGUCUUCAUUGGUCUUAAGGAAGAUUUUAUUUCCAGUCCUGAAAUCUGGAAAGAAAUUCAUGAAUCUAAAGAGCCACAUAAUAUAGAACUUCCAGGAAAGUGGCAAGAAGUUACAAAUGGUUUUCAGAAGCUGUUAGUGCUGAGAUGCAUGAGACCAGAUAAAAUAGUGCCUAUGGUUAUGAAGUUUGUUGCCACCAACUUGGGUGAAAAGUUUAUCCAUCCUCCUCCAUUUGAUCUCCCUCAGAGUUACCGAGAUUCAAAUGCCACUAUUCCUCUUCUCUUUAUAUUGUCCCCUGGAGCUGAUCCAAUGGCUGCACUCUUACAGUUUGCUGAAGACAAUGGAUUUGGUGGGGAUAAAUUUGAUGCCAUAUCUUUGGGUCAAGGACAGGGUCCUGUAGCACAAGCUAUGAUAGAAAAAGCUCAAAAAGAGGGUUCUUGGGUUGCAUUACAGAACUGUCAUUUAGCUGUAUCUUGGAUGGCACAGUUGGAGCGAAUAUGUGAUGGUUUAACUGAAGAAAAUACUAAUGAAAAUUUCCGAAUCUGGCUAACAAGCUAUCCAUCUGAUAAAUUUCCUGUCACCGUUUUGCAAAAUGGUGUAAAAAUGACAAAUGAGCCACCAACUGGCUUGAAGCAAAAUUUGUUCCAGUCAUUUCUCAGUACUCCUAUCAGCGAUAAGGAUUUUUAUUUAGGUUGUGGAAAUAAGAAUAAGAUAUUUCAUAAAUUGGUAUUCAGCUUAUGUUUCUUUCAUGCUCUUAUCCAAGAGCGUAAAAAGUUUGGUCCUAUAGGCUGGAAUAUUCCAUAUGGAUUUAAUGAAUCAGAUUUAAGAAUUUCAUUGCAACAGCUACAGAUGUUUGUUAAUGAAUAUCAAGAUGUACCUUUUGAGGCUAUAACUUACAUGACUGGAGAGUGUAAUUACGGUGGAAGAGUCACAGAUGAUUGGGACAGAAGAUGUUUGUUGACACUUCUAGCAGAUUUCUGCAAUCCAAAGAUUAUAGAAGAAGAAGAAUACAUGCUGUCACCAUGUGGACAAUAUUCUGUACCACAUGUAGAACAGUACGAGGAAGUGUUGGAUUUUAUAUCAAAAUUCCCUACAGCACAGCAUCCUGAAGUGUUUGGAAUGCACGAAAAUGUUGAUAUUACCCGAGAACUUCAAGAAAGUCGAAAACUUCUCGACAGCAUUUUGCUAACUGAGGGGACGUCAACAUCUGCUCAAGGAGGAACUGCUGAUCACCAACUCUUAGAAGUAGCGUCUGACAUUCUUGCAAAACUUCCACAAGAAUUUGAUUUAGAGGCAGCAGGCAUAAAAUAUCCAGUUUGCUACAACGAGAGCAUGAAUACCGUACUUGUUCAAGAAAUGGAGCGUUUCAAUAAGCUUCAUUCUGUUAUGCGUAGUAGUUUGCUGCAAUUACAAAAGGCAAUAAAAGGUUUAGUUGUUAUGUCUGCUGAUUUAGAGGCUUUAGCUGGAAAUCUACUUAUUGGUCGACAACCAACACUAUGGUCUGCUGCAUCUUAUCCAUCUCUAAAACCAUUAGGAAGCUAUAUUAAUGAUUUUAUUCAAAGACUUAAUUUUUUGAAGGCCAUGAACCUGAAAUAUUUUGUUCAAGAAGAAAUUUUAUUUAUUUCAAGAAAAUUUAGCAAAAUCUGUUUGUUCUUGAUGCAAAGGUUUAUAAGUUUAUAAAAGUAGGGAUUGUAGAUUUAGUCUAUCAUCUCGAUUUUAGAGGAUUCAUGAGACUGCUUGAAAUAAAAUGCUUCUCUUCUUAUUUGAAUGGAAGCUCCAUUUUGUGUGUUAAUUAAAUAUAGCAAAACAUACGAAGG